CCCUCGCCUCUCCCCAUGGAUGUAAUCUCUGACUUGCCAACAGGUACUUGUGAGAUCUCAGACAAAGUAAUCUCUCCAGACCUGGGUGAGCCUUUGGCAGGAGAGUCAGAGCGGAGCUCCCACAGCGCAGAGUCUCUGGAAAUCCCUGUGGACGCGCCUGCAGACAUGGGUCGUCAAGAGGGCGACCACGUGUGGAAGAAGGUCACUGAAAACAUCCACGAGGUUUUCGACUUCAUGGAGGAGUUGGGAUCGGGGGCGUUCUCCGAGGUGUACAUGGUGAAGGAGAAGAAGACGGGACAGAUGUUUGCCAUGAAGUGCGUGAAGAAGAAACAGAAACGAGACCUCAGUCUGGAGAAUGAGAUCGCCGUGUUGAGACGAAUCAAACACGACAAUGUGGUGGGGCUGGAGGAUUUAUAUGAAAGUUCGACCCAUUACUAUCUCCUCAUGGAGCUGUGCUCUCAUGUCUGUCUGUCUGUCCCUCUGCAGCCAGAGAACAUCCUGUACUUCAGCCAGGAUGAGAACUCCAAGAUCAUGAUCAGUGAUUUUGGGCUCUCCAAGAUAGUGGAGAGCGACAUCAUGUCGACUGCCUGUGGCACCCCAGGAUACGUAGCCCCUGAGGUUUUGGCACAGAAGCCCUACAGCAAGGCAGUGGACUGUUGGUCUAUUGGAGUUAUCACCUACAUAUUACUCUGUGGAUAUCCCCCUUUUUACGAAGAAAGUGAAACAAGACUGUUCUCGAAGAUCAUGAAGGCGCAGUACGAGUUUGACUCGCCCUUCUGGGAUGACAUUUCUGAAUCUGCUAAAGAUUUCAUCCGUAACAUGAUGCAGAAGAAUCCCAGCAUGCGCUACUCCACUGACCUGGCGCUCAGACAUCCCUGGAUUAUCGGAGAGACGGCCCGGAGUCAGGACAUCUACUAUUCCGUCAGUGUUCAGAUCCAAAAGAACUUUGCCAAGUCCAAGUGGAAGCAAGCCUAUAACGCUGCAGUAGCCAUCAGCCACAUGAAGAAGCUGCAGCUGGCCGCGAGGCAGCCCAGUAUCCCAGACAUCAAAGUGGUCGACUUGUCCUCCCCGAAGAAAAGCCACACACGUCUCGAUCCCGACAAACUGGACCCCAAGCUGCCGGGGAUCAACGGCACAGUAAACGGGACGCAUCACAUGUCCCUGCCCGCGAGUCCCGUGGACGCAAAGAGCCAUUAUCACACACUGAAGACCACUCAGAGUCAGGCCGUCCCACAUCACGCCCCCUCUAUGGCUGAGCAGGGCAAGAACAUCUACCACUCAGAGCCCGCCAACCUCAACGGGUAUGGUAAAACCUGUAACAGCAAGGCUGCACAGACCAGAGUGUGCUCAGUCAUGUGAAGGCUUCAGGAAGUUUAGGUGGAAGCAUUUUACUUGGUCAGUGUGGCUGUGCUGACUCAGCGUGGAGCUGUUUUGUGUCGGCAGGCCCCCCCCCCCCCCCCCC